AUGGAGAGGGACUUGGAUGUGUCCAUAGAUGCAGUUCUGGUUGGGCUGCAUACGUGUGGAGAUUUGGCCCCCAGCACUCUGAGGAUUUUCAGGGCCAAACAGGAGCUGCGCGCCGUUUGCACUGUGGGCUGCUGCUAUCAUCUGCUCUCUGAAGAGUUUGAUCAGGACAGACAGAGGUGUGUUGAUGGUGUGUGUGGUUUCCCUAUGAGUCAGUAUCUGAAGGCUCAGGCAUGUUUCUGUGGUCGAAAUGCCAGGAUGUCAGCAUGUCUCGCUCUGGAGGCAGUGUCUGCUGGAGGAGGGCUGCCUAUGGAGUCACUUUUUUAUCGGGCGGUUCUUCAUGUUAUUUUACGAGAUCAUUACGAUUGCUUUGAAAGUGAGAAAUGUGUUGGGAAGGUGUACUCCAAAGCCUCAUCGUUUGUGGACUAUGUCAGACAAGCACUUAGGAAGCUGGAUCUGGAUGACACCAAACUAUCUGACGGUGACAUUCAGCGCUAUCAUAAACACUACAUUCCCAGAAUGAAUGAGAUGGUGGCUUUUAACAUGUUGAAAGUCAUUUUGGCUCCGUGUAUAGAGGGUCUCAUCCUCCUCGACCGACUUUGUUACUUGAAAGAGCAGGACAAUGUGUCUCAUUCUGCGCUGGUUCAGCUCUUUGACCCUCUCCAGUCCCCUAUAUGUUAUGCAGUUGUUGGUAUAAAGGAAUCUACCGUUUGA